UGCUGUGCGCUUUGUGUCGGCAACGACUUCGGGUGGACGUGCGCGUCAUUGGUGUCGUAGCGUUGCAUUGAUUAAAAUCGAUUUGGGAGCAGCAGAAUAAAGAAAAUCGCCAGUUGUUAGUUGACAGAGUCGGAGAUUGCUAUUUGGGUGUCUAGUCCAAGCACGGUAGGUUCGGUUCGGUACGGCAGAUGAGCGUUGUGUAUUGAACGGCGGUGUUGUUGCUUUCUCGCCUGUUUUCGAUAGAAGUGUGAGUGUAAGUGUAAGUGAUUUUUCUGCAACUUUUCCGCGUUCGAUUUGGCUUAUUUGGUGGCACGUAAGUGAAUUGUUAGCUGUGCUUUGUUGUUGUAGGUUUUAUGCAAUGUGAUUUGCAAUUUGCCACAUUGUUGUUGCAAUUACGUGAUGGUGCUGGUGGAAAGUUGUUGCUGGUAUGCCACUAACUGCACAGCCAAUGGAUAAACAAAAAAGGAAGCAACAAUAUCAACAACAACAACAAUAACAACAACUGCAUAAGUAACCAGCGAAAUGUUGAAAGCAUUGCACAAUACAAACUUCUAGCCGAGCCGUCGCAGCGAGUGCGAUUCGCAGUCCGCAGGCCGCAAUCAGCAAGCAGUAGUUGUGAAACGCCGAAGACAUUACUAAAUUUACGAAUAGAAAUACAAAUAAUCAAACCUACAUACGUGACUUUUGAAAAAUGUGUUAAAUCACUUUGAAAACUUGAUCAUUUCAACAUGUGCAAGAAUUAACAAAUCGCUUGGAGAUUACUGAAAGUGCAAUAAAUAUUUAAUUUAACACCCAAUACUUAUGCACCGCGCACCGCUGACAGCUAAACCACUGCGCAAAUACAACAACGUUUACUUAUGACCUCACAAAUGUGGUCAACACACCACGCUCUCCCACCCAAAUGCGACAAUGGUGAAAUAAUUGCGCAACCACUUAAUAACAAAUUAAAUUAAACAGCAACAACAAAGUGCUGCAAAUUGCUGUCGCUACUCCGUUUUGGCAACAACAACUACAACCCCACACAACCACCACAAUGAAAUCGAUCUUUGGCGGCGCCAAACAACAACUCAGCAGCUGCAUGCAGCAGGACAGUGAUGAUACACCGCCCGUUAUAUUGGUAGCCAACAAUGACUAUAACCACCAUCAACAUGAAAACCACUACCAACAGCACAAUGGUGGCUAUCAAGCGCCAACAAGGCGCAAUCAAUCGCCGCGCCACUACAGCCAGCCUCAUACGGAGCUAAACGAUCACACCGAUAGCCAGCACAACAAUAAUAACAAUGUCAAUAACAACUUUAUCACAGCCGUCACGACGCCCAUCACGGGCACGAGCACUUAUGAGACCUUACAACGGCCCUUCAAGCACGAUCGUCGUCGCGGUCAAUGGUCGGCGACGGCAGAUUUUUAUUUUGCCUGCACAAGUCAUGCCUUCGGUUCGAUUAUCUUCUCGGAGGUGCCAGUUUAUGCGAUGAUUUUUGGUGGCGUUUUCUUUUUGCCAAUGUACUUGAUAGCGAUAUUUUUAUAUGCCAUUCCAAUUUUUAUAAUACAAACCUUCUUGGGUCAAUUCUCAACCUCGGGCUUAAUUUCCGCCUUUCGUGUGGCGCCGCUUUUCAAAGGCAUUGGUUAUUCCAUACUGCUGCUAAAUCUAAUUUCGCUUGCCUACUAUGGCAUUGUGGCAGCUGUACCGCUUAUCUAUGCAGCCAAUGCCGUGCACACUGUGAUACCGUGGAUGAGUUGUGAUAAUGCGUGGAAUACGCCCAAUUGUUCGACACAUUCAACAUAUGACGCGGAUGAGAUCUCGCUGGAUCCGCAUGCGACUGUCGAGUUUUUUCGUUAUAUCAUUCUCACCGAUGAUAACACGCCACAUGAGUAUGUGAUAUCUUGGCCCGUGCUCUGUGGUGUUGUGGGUGUGUGGCUGCUCACACUGGGCAUACUGCUGAAGCGCGUCUCAUUUAUUGGUAAAUUUUUUCGUUGUACAUGCGUCAUUAUGUUUGCCAUUUUCUUGGCGAUAUUCUUGCAUCUCAUCUGCUACAUAAGACUUGACUGGGACACCUUCGUGGACUACUUUAAGCCGACGCUGCAGAGCAGUUUCAGCGGUGUUUUGGGUGGUUUGCGCACAGCGAUUUUCAUGUCCACGUGGUUAUUAGGCCCCGGUUGGGGUAACGUACUCACACUAGCCAGUCACAAUCGCUUCCACCGUGACAGCGAGAAGCUGACCUACUGGGUGAGCGGCACACAUGUGCUGCUCGCUUUUAUGGCGAUGAUUUCUGGGCGUAUCGCUUUCGAUCACUUCGAAGAUCACGUGGGCUUCCUACACUUUCAUUUCGAUGAGGAACAUUAUAUGCAAUUUCUUUAUCUCUGUUUUGCAUAUCUAUUCGGUAGUUUUACGAGUCUGCCGAACUUCUGGUGUUUCCUCUUCUUCAGCAUGAUUUUUCUAGCGGAACUAAGUGCAAUUAUUAUUCAAAUGAUGUCUGUGCUGACGGCUUUAUUUGAUGAGUACGAGCAAUUAAGAACAAAGAAAUCACGCAUAACAAUCGCUUUGACAUUGUUGAUGUUGACUGUGUCAAUUUAUUUUUGCACCAAGAAAGGCUUUGAACAUCUGGACCUGCUGCCCAAUAUUGUCAUACUCUCACAUUUGAUUAUCUCUUUCGUACUCCUGCUCAUGACCACCUGGAUCUAUGGACGCGAACGUUUUCAAUGCGAUUUACAAUUUAUGUUGGGCAAAACGAUUUCGAGUUUUAAGAUAUUUCUAAUACGUUUUCUAACGCCCGCGUUCUUUGUGUUAAGCAUUAUACAAACGCUUUAUUUUUUGGAGCGUGACAACUCACCAACGGCACUGGUUAUCGUCAGUCAAUGUGUGAUAUAUGCCAUAGCGCCUGCCUAUAUGAUUUAUAAAAUUUGCCAAACCAAUGGCACAUUGCGUAAUAGACUGAAACAAUGCUUUGCACCGCACGACUGGCAUCCCGUCGAUGCUGAUAAUCGCCGCUUCUACGAGGAGAUCAUGGGCGUCUCGGAAAUGCUAGUAAUGGAAGGCGGUGAAGAGAACUGCGCUGUGAAUGCUUAAAACUAUAAAUGUGACAAGCAAACAUACAUACAUACAAACACUUAUGUAUAGCAAACGAACAAAUAAUUUUAAGAGUCAGAUAAAACGGAGGAUGUUUAGAGCAUUUCCUGACUUUAUAGCUGUAAGCUGGCAUAUUUACGAAACUAAAUUAGAUAAAGUGUCUGCUAUGAAUCGUAAAAUUUUAAAUGAGUUUAGUAAAUAAAACAAUUUCCAUUACUUCACUUUCUUUUUAAUGAAAGCAUUUAUGCCAUAAUGAAACGCUGAUUAUUCAUUGGUUAAAGAUGACGCAACAAAUAAUACGGAAAUUACGAUUUUUAUUAAUAAAAUAUUAUAUCUAUAUUAAAAAAAAAAGUAUAAAACGAUCAUAUGAAGCCAUGAAAAAGCAUAAAUCUCUUUUAUACUGACUGAACAUUAAGUAAUAUUAUAUAACAUCAAAUUCGAGCGCAUGGCUCGCUCAUAAAAAUCAUUCAAAGCUGUAACUUGAUUGAUUAAGACAGUAGGAAAUUACGCAUAUAUGUAUGUCUGUAUGUAUGUGUGUCUAGCGGUCUAUAUGUAAGCGCUUUUAUAUGUUAAACAUUUUAUGAAAAUCCAUAUACAUAUAUACAUACGUAUGUAUGUAUGUUAGUAUAAGUAUGUAUGCAGGGGAGUAAAUAAUAUUAUCGGAAUGCUUUGUAGUUUUUUAAGCUGCCUUUUUUUAUAAGAGAUUAUAUGUCAAUUUAUAUACACACGAACUAAUUAUGUAUAUUAUACCGAAGUGAUAUAACAGUUAAGAAUACUCGAUGUUCAUACCAAUGCAUGAAUGUAAGUUUGUGUCUAGUAUAUACAUUUGUAUGUAUGUAAUUACAUACAUACCCAAACUAUAUACGUAAGUUAGGAUAUCAUGCAACUACUACAGUUAUGUACAAUAAUUGAAUACGAUAUGUAGACAUUUUGAAAGUCUUAAAGUUGGAAAUAGAUUUGAAAUGCGAAAAAACUUGCAAA